AACGACGACGAACUUCCGCCCCGAAGCCCGCCUCUUGCCCCGGAAGCACUCGUGGCGGAUUGGAGUCUCUGGGCUAGUUCGCCAACCGUACUUCCUUUCUGUCCGACAUCUUAACGCGACAGUGGUAGAUUUUGCUGCUCUCCAAGCUUCGCGAUGCCACCCAAGGACGACAAGAAGAAAAAAGAUGCCGGAAAAUCGGCCAAGAAAGACAAAGAUCCGGUGAACAAGUCUGGGGGAAAGGCCAAAAAGAAGAAGUGGUCCAAAGGCAAAGUUCGGGACAAGCUUAAUAACCUCGUCUUGUUUGACAAAGCCACGUAUGACAAGCUUUGUAAAGAAGUUCCUAACUAUAAGCUCAUAACUCCAGCUGUUGUCUCUGAGAGACUGAAGAUUCGCGGCUCGCUGGCCAGAGCUGCCCUUCAGGAGCUCCUCAGUAAAGGGCUUAUUAAACUGGUAUCAAAACACAGAGCUCAAGUAAUCUACACCAGAAACACCAAGGGUGGAGAUGCCCCAGCUGCUGGUGAAGAUGCAUGAACAAGUCCCAAAUAUUGUACAUUUUGAAAAAUAAAAAACUUUUAUCAAAAC